AUGAAAAUCACAUUUUUCUUUGCUCCAUUGGUCUUUCUGGACCUCUUGGCGUGCUGUCGUGCUUAUCCACAAUAUCCCUUGCCUGGCAUAGAAGAUGCAAAGUUCAUUGAAGACUGUGUGAGAGCUCACAACACGUUUCGAUCCAAAGUGAACCCACCAGCCAGCAAUAUGUUGCGCAUGUCCUGGGAUGCUGCCUUAGCUAAGACUGCCAAAGCGUGGGCAAAGAAGUGCAAGUUUAAGCACAAUAUCUACCUUAAAAUGCCAGGGAAGGUGCACCCCAGCUUUACCCCUGUUGGAGAAAACAUUUGGACUGGCACAGCAACCAUUUUCUCUGUAGAUGCAGCUGUCAGUGACUGGUUUAAUGAGGCCAGCAGCUAUGAUUUCAACACACAUAGAUGUACUGGCAUGUGUGGUCACUACACCCAGGUCGUUUGGGCAGAGAGUUACAAAGUUGGCUGCGCAGUUCACUUCUGCAAUACAGUUGAAAAUUUUCCAGGACUAUUGAGAGCAGCACAUUUUGUUUGUGACUAUGGGCCAGCGGGGAAUUACCCAAGAAAACCAUAUAAAGCAGGUCAACCAUGCAGUGGAUGCAGUAAUGAGAAGUGUGUAGACAAGCUCUGUGAAAAUACAGAACGUGAGAAGCUGAUAAAUUAUGCCUACUGGUAUCCAGACUGGGAUACACGGCCCCAGCCACCACGGCCACGUCCCCCUAAACCUCCUGCGCCACCUCACAUCCCACCUGCUGAGCAUCCACAUCCCUCUUGUGACCAAUACUGCCUCAGUGUUUCCAUUUUAAGGCCACUGGUUUUGGUGCUGAGUAUUGCUGCUGUUCUUUUAGUACAACAGCGGUAUCCACACAGGUUUUUUUAUGAGUAA